CAUCAGCAUUCUGUGUUCUGCUGGAGGUGAUGGAGUGAUGAUGAUGAUGAUGAUGAGGAGGAGGAAGAUUUAGCGGAUCAAUGUGUUUGAUUGGAUAUUAAUGAUGAUCGUGUUCAUGAUGGAUCUGAAUCUUCUCACACUCGUCAAAGUUUCACUUGUCGCGAUCUUCGUGAACGCACUGAUGACGAGAGGUGUAUCAGCUACAGACAGCGAUGAGUUUACGCACACACAGCGACUGCAACUCCUCCAGUGCAACCACACCGUUCUGCUGCAGGAGAUGGAGAAGUGUGGAGAACAAUUCACCAGAGACAUGCAGCUCGUUCAUCCUCACGACAGAUGCAACCUCACACUCUUCAUAGGAGAGUAUCACGUGUUCUCCUUCUGUACGGAGAACAACACCGAACGCAUCGGCUGCUUCUGGCCCAACCCGCUGGUGGAGCGGUUCAUCAUCCACAUCCACAAACACUUCUUCUCCAACUGCACGCUGGAGCGCGUCAUAUACGUGGACCCGCCCGACGACAUGCUCACCCUCCUCAUCCUCAUCCCCAUCUUCCUCACGCUGGCCAUGGUGCUGCUCGUCGUCUGGUGCAGCAAGAGAGGUGACUUUCUGGCCUGACGUCUGAAGGAACGUGUGAUUUAAUGGACCGGUGAAGAUCUUCAUCUCUCAUGUCGUGCUGUACGUCAAGCGCUUCAGUUUCUGUGGAGCGUUUCGAUCAUUUGCGUUCAACUCACCGUGUCAUUGUGUGAAUAUUCAUCAGGAUCUCGGGACUCUUUUGAGAUGAAUUGGAGAUUUCUGAAGUGACAUUUGAGGAUGUACUGACCUGUGAACUCUACAGCUAUUAUUUAAUGUUUUAAUUAAAUAACUUAGAAAUAGACUAUUUGUCAAGUACACACUGUAGUGUUGAUAUUUCUUUCAUCAUUCACGUGUAAACUGCUUUACAGAACGUGACAUUAUUUUAUCAUUGUAGAUAGCGUCUGUCUGCCAUCGGAGAUAAUGAUGCUUUAAUAUUGUGCUAUUGUGAUACAUGUACUGUAACUGUAAAUCAUAUAUAAUCAUAAAGGACUCGACACUGCGUGCACAAUUAUUAGAUAAGAGAGUUUUCUGAUUACUCUCGUGCACAUUCUCCGACUCCAAACCAUAUAAUCUUGAAUGUUAUUGGAUUCAAACAUCGUCAGGUGGUAUUUAUGUAAUGAGGGGGGUGUGGCCAAAGUGACUGACACCUUAUAUGAAGGUGUGCAUCAUUAUUAGGCAGCUUCAUUACCUCAGUUAAAAUGGGCCAAAAAACAGAUUUAACUGACGCUGAAAUGUCAAAUAUUGUAAAAUGCCUUUCAGACGGAUGCAACACUCUUGAAAUAUCUAUUGAGGCGUGACCACCGGACAAUCACACGUUUCGUUGUCAAGAGUCAACUGGGGCACAAAAAAUGCACGGAGAAGAAAAGGUGCAAAUUAACUGCAAAAGACUUGAAGAAUUCAACGUGAAGCUACCAGGAGCCCAUUAUCCUCCAGUGCCACCAUACACUGGAGUGCCCAGAAGUACAGGGUGCCAACUGCUCAGAGACACGGGCACGGUCAAGUAGACCGAAACACGACCGCCACUGAAUAUAUUCACAAGCUGGAGCAUCAAAAUUGGGCAAAGAAAUACAUGAAGACAGAUUGUUCAAGGGUUUAUGGACGGAUUAAAUGAGAGUGAGUCUUGAUGGACCAGAUGGACGGGCCCGUGGCAGGAUCACUAAUUGGCACAGGGAAUCACAUCGAGUCAGGUGCCAGCAAGGUGGCGGAGGGAAUGGUAUGGGCCGCUAUUAUUAAAGAUGAGGUAGUUGGAUCUUUUCGAGCUGAAGAUGGACUGAAACUCAACUCUCAAACCUACUGUCAGUUCUUUCUUCAAGUCCUCCACAAUCCAUCACAUGCAUCCAAGUACUAGCCAGCAAGGACCUCAAAGAUGCCCUAAUAAUGACUUGGCCCCCUUCCUCACCUGACUUAAAUCCUAUUGAGAACUUGUGCACCCUUCUCUCACACACUGUGUCUCAUUCACACAUUCAUACACUAAUGGCGGCAGAGCUGCAUGUAAGGCGCUAGUCUGCCAUUGGGAGCAACUUGGGGUUCAGUGUCUUGCCCAAGGACACUUCGGCAUGUGGAGUCAUGUGGGCCGGGAAUCGAACCACCAAUCCUGCAAUUAAUGGCCGACCCGCUGUACCACCUGAACCACAGCCGCCCCUCGACAAGACACCUCUUUGAACAGCGUUUGGGAGGCUGUGGAUGCUGUUCAGCAAAAGUUGGUGGUGAACAGAUCACGAAACUGACUCAUGGAUGGACGGCUCAUGGCCGUUAUUGAAAAGAAGGGUGGAUAUAUUGGUCAUUGAAUAUUUCUGAAAGGCCAGAAAUGGUAUUUAAUUGUAAUUCUAUGUUACUUAUUUGUUGCACCUACUCUUAAAAUUGAGAAUAAACAAUAGAGUUGGGAGAAAUUAUUUUUGUAAUUUAGUUGCCUAAUAAUUGUGCACACUUAUAUAUCCCCCUGAGAAAGACAAAACUCAUUUUUCCUUUGAUACACAUUCAGGUUUGAGGUUCAAUAUCAUUUUAGAUUGACGAGAGCAUUGUGUGUAAACAAUACAAUUAAUCCAGAGGAUAAUUGGGCACGCAGUGGAUAUAAAACAAUAUACAGCAGAAGUAUCCAGGAGAAAAUGACCAUGAGUGCCAAAUUUGAGUGUGGCAAAUGAAUUAAAUCCCAAAAUCUCGAGUUACUUUGUUGGUAUCAGUCAUCCAUUAAGAAUUUCUGAAAAACGUAGACCAUUGGUCCAAUUCUCUCAAGAGACCCUCGUGACAAAAACUUAUGAAGAUUUAAGCCAAUUAAUUAUGUUUUGGCCAUGACCCAAUUUACUGAUCAAUAUAUAACUUCUGACCAAUUAGAUGACGGUGAGUCAUGACGAUGACUCGGGGUAUCAGAGGAAAAAUCGUUUCAAUUCUAGCCCAUGCGGUUGCAGAGAUAUUAGCCCAAAUGUGAAAGUGUGUUAUAGCGCCACCUAGGGUCAGAUGGGUGUGUGUGCGUGCGCCUCAAUGGUGGGGGGGAAUUGGGACCAUCCUGCCAAAUUUGGUGUCUCUAGGACUUACAGUUUCUGCUGUCCACACACUUUUAAUGCAGCAGAAAAUCAGAUCCAAUACAAUCGUGUUCCAGGACCUUCUGUAGACGAAACCCUUUAAACAUGCGCGUGAGACCAGGACACAAGACGGACAUGAUGAUCACCAACAACUGGAAGUUCAUUUGUCUAGUCGUUGUUAAAGGAAUUAAAGGAAGUGCUUGAACAAACAGAAGAGUUUGUGCUUUUCAGCCGUUGAAGUGGAUCAUUGCGUUGAAUAUAUUUUCAGUAAUCGACAUUAUUACACAAACGCUGUUGGUCGACUUUCUCUUGCACUGAUCCCGGAACAUUCCUUGAACAUGGAGGAGAUCCUGCUGAUCAAACAUCUCUAUAUUCUGAUGCUGUGAUCGAUUCAGUGCCACAGAACUCAAUACUGCGCUUGUUUGCAGCACACGUUGUUUCAGGCAUGAAAAGGGAAAGUUGUUUGUACGCCGCAGACACACGAGCAGUCGCUCUGAAACGUCUCGCCAGGCUCUCACGCUGCAGGAAGGAUAUUAAAGUCUUUCCCAGCGCAGCACAUGAAUAACAGGAAACACGCUGGUUAGUUACUCAAACACGUGCGGUUAUGACGGGAGUCUUUGACGUGUUACAAACAGCUUUAUUAAGAGUAAAGCACUGGAGCGCGAGCAGUCGUGUUUACACCGAGGGUUAAUGCAAGAUUACUCCCGUAUAUUCAUAUAAUCUGAUGUUUGUGUUUAAAUGUGUCAACUUCUGCAAAUGAUUUUCAGACAGCGAGAUGUGUUUUAAUGACAAAUGCAGAUGCUUACUGAAAAUAAUCACUUCUGAAAGGGUUAACCAUGAUGAGGAGAAACCGGAAUACUGUCUUGACAUCUUUAUGAUUUAUGAAGUGAUUUAUGAAUGAAUCUUUCAGUGAAUUUAAUGUAAGUUCAAUUAAAGUUUCAGGAUUCAUUUCUUUAAUGACCUCAGA